CUAGCGCGAGUUCGGAACGAGAGGAUCCUAUUCCGAAGCAUCCCACACUUACUAGCCACAGCGAUGACUAACCCCUACUCCUUGGAUCUUCUUCCAUCUCGUCUGUCCAGCGGUGAACCCUUCAACUAUCGAAGCGCCGCAGGACCGCAAUCCUCCAAUUACCCCCCACAUUCCUUCUACGCUCCACCGCAAUAAUAACUUUCUCCGGCAUCCGCACCAUGUGCAACGUUCGUAUCAUCGACACCGGGCGCAACUCUGCCGCGGCACGACUGUAGCUGCAUCGCGUAACAGCGGACAUCUGGCCAGCGCUCCAACCGCCUUCGUCGACCGUAAAUCAUUCCUUGGUGGUGUGACAAGACAAUACUUCGAAAGCUUGUACAACAUCGCUUCGCGUUGUUCGAGGUCGGACGGGCGCAGGUUGUUCUACUGCACAAUGUUGAGAUGCGAUAGACGGGGGUUGUGACACAAUGGAAGGAGCGGAGCGUCUUCGUAACACUUGAGGUUCGGUGUACAAGUUACGCAAGUUCAAUCAGAACCGGAAUUCUGUGACACUACAAUAAUAACUCUGUGCAACGUCGUCCCAAGCGUAAAUGGGUAAAGGCUGCCUCAAGCUGCGCGGCUCAUCAACAGAUGAACUCUGCGAACCCGUUCGAACCUCAACCUACUUACGCCUCUACAAUGGCUAGUGAUAGCAGCAUCUCUUCGGUACCUUCCUCGACUCCACCCUCCUGCCCACCGAACACAGUUGCCAGUCGUCCUGGCAGCAGCGCUACAUCAGUUUCGUCCUCAUAUGACCACCGAAAACAAGCGGACGGAACGGCUGUGAUGCAAGCGCUCGCAGAUCCAGCGCUUGCGGAAUUGGUGGAUUUGAUGGAAAGAACAGCUGCGGCUUGUCAAAUGAAACGUGAUAAAAAUGGUACAUGCGGGUACGCAAGUCAAGUUUGUUUGCAGCAAGGAUUCGCUGACCCUAAUACGGUGGCAGUGGCAGAGUGCCGACUCGAAGUCGAGGGCCUGGCGAGUCGUUCGUCAGCUGAACGAUGAGACUUCGAACGGAGCCUAGGGGGGGAACACAUGCUGGCUGUACACAUCGCAAAUGUACUGAUUCGGACAAUGUUAUGGGCUU